AAAAAUAAUGAAAAAAACAGUGAAAUGUAUUUUUAUCGCAUAAAGCAACCAGUUAAUUGUUUUUGUUGUCGUUAAGAAUGGUUGCUUUUUUUGUCCGCCAAAAAUUUCCUUGGAUACCAUGACAGUGCAGGUCGAAGGUAUUGCCAUGUUAGAAACAAUAGACUGUUUAAUCGAUUUCGAAUUUAAAGGGAUUUUUAAUAACAUUAAGAUAUCAUUACAUAUAAGAGGAAAUGUUAUAGCAAAAAGGUUUAAAGAAAAGUUUGAUCUUAAUUGAUUAAUAAUGGGAAAUACUGAAAGUAAUGUCACGAGUGGUGUUAAGAAGCAAGCUGGAGUCUCCACACAGGCUUUAUAUAAAUUUGUUAAUCUUAAAGGCGGUGGUCUUUUAGUCGAUAUGAUGAAACGUGCUUGUCAGACAAAACAAUUCGCUGAAAUCGAUCAUGCUAUCAAGACUAAAGUGGAGCCUUUUUUAUAUAACAAAGGAGCUGGUCGUUACUUUCCUGUUUCAAAAAUGGUUUUAUUACGUAAUAAAGAAAGAGCAAGAACAAAGCAACUACCAGAGAUUAGAGCAUUAGAAAAUCCAGAUGAUGAUUUCAACAUACACGAUUAUUGUUCAGAAGUUUCAGAAGCCGAAUACAUAUCGAAUCCAAGUGCCUACCGCUUUGUGUGCUGGAAUUUAAAUGAACGAGGAGCAGUUGGAGAAACAAUUUUACAUUUGUGUUUGUUGAACGCGUCUUCCUUGCAUGCCGACUUAGCUAAAAGAUUGUUGAAAUUCUACCCAAAGCUUAUAAUGGAUAUUUAUCUUAGUGAUGAAUACUACGGCGAAAGUGUACUUCACAUAGCUAUAGUCAAUGAAGAUCCUGCAAUGGUAAAAUACCUUUUAGACGCUAAUGCGUAUGUAGAAGAAAGAUGUUGUGGAGCCUUUAUGUCUGCAGAAGACCAAAAACCUUCUCGCUAUGAUUCUCCAGAUCAUGAGUACGUUGGUGUGAAUCCAAUAACUAACUAUGAUGGUUAUGUUUAUUGGGGAGAGUUUCCUUUGAGUUUCGCUGCCUGUCUAUCUCAGGAAGAAUGUUUUCGGUUGGUUUUAGCAAGGGGAGCAGAUCCCGAUUUACAAGACACGAAUGGCAACAAUGUAUUACACAUGAUGGUUAUAUAUGAAAAAAUUGAUAUGUUUGAUGUAGCUUACGAAGUUGGGACAAAUGUACAUCAACGAAACGUUCUCAAUUUAACCCCCUUAACACUCGCUGCCAAGUUAGGAAGAGUCGAGAUGUUUUUUCAUAUAAUGAGUAUUGAACGUGAAAUAUAUUGGCAACUGGGAAGCAUAACUUGCGCUGCAUAUCCUCUUUCAAAAAUUGAUACAAUUGAUGUAAAAACGGGCAAUAUAAACAAGGAUUCCGCUUUGAAUUUUGUAGUUUUUGGCGAUAAAUUAGAACAUUUGGAGUUAUUGGAUGGCGUUGUUAUAGAUCUCUUAAAAACUAAAUGGGAUACUUUUGUAAAAUCCCGUUUUUACAAGCAAUUUUACAUGUUUUCGUUUUAUUUUUUAUUUUCUUUAGUUAGCUUUAUUUCACGACCAGGACCAGAUGAACAGGAAGUGGAAGACGACAACCGAGAGACAACAACCGAAACGAGUAAUAUAACAUUUUAUACACAACAAUAUUCUUCCGUUACAAAAGCAAUCGAAAAUAAUUUGCCCUAUAAAACGUUUUGGCUUAAUUUCAGCGAGUAUAUUGAUGAUGAACGUGAUGAUCAUAAUUUGCCUUCCUGGUGGAGUAGUUAUGAAAAAUGUCCGUUAAUGAAUAUGGAGUCGAAUUUGGCCAAGAUACGAAUUAUUUCAGAAAUUGUUAUAUUUUUUGGUGCCAUACUGUAUCUGUUAUCUGCUUUACGAGAAGCCAGAUUUUUAGGCUAUAAAAUGUUUAUUGAGAAUCUAGUAAGAAAAACAAUUUACACAAGUUCGAUUUUGUAUAAUAAUAUUUACAUUUAUUUUAAGAUGACGGCGCCGUCACGAGUUAUGUUUCUAUUUUCGUGUUGCCUUAUGAUGACUAUUCCUUGGUUAAGAUUAUCAUGUUUAACGGAGCUAGAUGAUCAUGUAGCAGUAUGUAUUAUGUUAACAACAGCACCGUACUUUCUCUUCUUUUGCCGGGGAUUUAAAACUGUUGGACCAUUUGUCGUGAUGAUAUAUCGAAUGGUUAUGGGUGAUUUAAUUCGUUUUGUAUCCAUUUACUUAGUGUUUGUUAUGGGGUUUUCCCAGGCAUAUUACAUUAUAUUUUUAACUUUUGAUAAUCCUGCAACUCCAGAAGAGAUUGACGAUACAGGUACAAAUCCCAUGCCUUCACCAAUGGAAUCUGUCGUAGCUAUGUUUCUAAUGUCCCUUACCAAUUUCGGCGACUACUAUGGGGCUAUGUCUUCAACGCAACAUGAAGCUGAGGCAAAGAUACUUUUCUUUCUGUUUAUGGUCAUAGUCAGUGUGUUGUUAGUCAACAUGUUAAUCGCUAUGAUGGGUAAUACAUAUCAAAAAAUAGCUGAGAUUCGCAAUGAAUGGCAAAGACAAUGGGCACGAAUCGUUUUGGUGGUCGAGCGAAGUGUCCCGCCUGCAGAAAGACUAAAAAAUUUUAUGCAAUAUUCCCAGCCAAUGUCAGAUGGCAGAAGAGCCCUGGUGUUACGUCUAAAUAUGAGUGAUGAAGAUAAAGAAGAAAUGAAAGAAGUCCAAGAAAUGAAGCGAAUUCAUGAACGGUUUUCGAAGAAAAGGCAACAAGAAAGAGAAGCUCGCAGUAAAAGAAGGCAAGAGGAGUAUGAAAAAUUCUUUGGAGCUGCAUCAGAAAAUCAUGAAAAUAAUAAUUAAUUGUUUCGAAGAAAAGUCAACAAGAAAGAGAAGCUCUCAGUAAUAGAAGGCAAGAGGAGUAUGAAAAAUUCUUUGGAGCUGCAUCCGAAAAUCAUGAAAAUUAUAUUUAAUUGUUGCAUUUACGUAAAAUACAAGUUAAAUAAGGAUACAUUUUUCUGUAGCUGCUGGCACACAACACUGACCAUGAGUCAAAUCUGUCCUUACAUCCACAAGGAAUUACAAUAAAACGCAGAAUUUAUUCUAGAAUUAACAAAUGUGUAUGUAUGUACGUACUAUAUUUUUUAUUUAUUUACUUUUUCUUUUAAUACAUACAUAAUUUUU